AUUCAGUGUGUUUCUGUCUCGAGCUCAUUUUCUUCUUCAGACUCUGAAACAUCGACACAGAGGAAACGUUUCUCUGAUCUGUGAUCUGUGAUCCACUCGUCAUGUCUGCGCCGUGCGUCUGCAGCAGCUUCAUCUCAGCUGUGUUGCUGAUGUCAUCGUGGUGCGUUCAGGGUCUGCGUGUCGACAUGUUUCCCAAACAGCCUCUCUUCCGACUGGGGGAGCGUCAGCAGGUGGCCUGCUCGGUUCAGGACUGUCCCAUGAUGCCGAGCUUCUCCUGGUCUCGACUGGAGGACCGACCUCUGACCGCCGCCGUGACCACCAACAGGACCCGGUCUGUGAUGACCUUUGACCCCGUGAUGAUUGAGCAUGAGGGCGCGUUGCUUUGCAAAGUCGUCUGUGGAGGAGACAAGAUUCAGAGAAUCAUCUCCGUGAACAUUUACUCCUUCCCAUCAGCCCCUCUGGUCCGAGGUCAGGACCAGCUGAGAAUGGGGGCGGAGUCGACCCUGACCUGUCAGGUGUCAGAUGUUUACCCUUCUCAGCUGCUCAACCUCACCUGGUCCAGCAGGGACAGAAUCCUGCAGAGCGUCGUCGGAGAACCCUGGUCCAGCUCCGUCCGGUCCGAAUACAGGUUCACUCCUCAGAUCCAGGAUUCAGGGGCCAACAUCAGUUGCAGGGCCACGCUGAACCUUCCCCACCUGCCAGCUGAGACCAGGACCAGAGAGACCACCAUCCCCCUCAACCUGCUCUAUGCUCCUGUUGUGACUUGGAUCUCGGACUCUGUACUCGUGAUGGUGGACGCUCCGCUCGCUCUCACAUGUUCAGCGGAGGGAAAUCCAGAACCAACGAUCAUCUGGAGGCUCCGGUCGACAGACGGUCGGUCUCUGCCGCAAGGUCGAGGUCAAGGUCAAGGUCAAGGUCAAGAUCAAGGUCAAGGUCAUCAGCUGGUCUUUGCGGCAGUGAGUCUAUCUGAUGCCGGACGCUACGAGUGCGAGGCCCAGAACAGCGAAGGAAACCGGACGGCUGCAGUGGACGUCACUGUUCACGCUCCGCCCACCAACACAUCCAUCUCCGUGGGUCCAGGUGAGGAUGUGGUGGAGGGUCAGCAUGUCACGAUCACCUGCCACUCCGACGGAGCUCCGCCCCCCACGCUAGUUCUGAGGAGGGAGGGGGUGGAGCUUCAUAGGACUGACCCCGCCUCCUACUUGCUGUCCUUCAGCUUCUCGUCUGUCCAGGUGGAAGAUUCCGGCCUCUACCAGUGUGAGGCCUCCAACCAGUAUGGAGCCCAGCUGGUGUCCAGCUCUGUCAGGGUCAAAGUUCACCCUCUGCAGCUGGAGGUGAGUCGUCCAGUCUCUGCUGCAGAGCGCGGUUCGGUUCUGGUCCUGACCUGCAGAGCGUCCGGAUGUGUCCGCCCCCCCUCCCUAACCUGGAGGAGGACAGACCGGGACAGGGUCGUCCUCCAGAGCACGCAGCAGCAGGACAGACGGUCCCAGCUCCACCUGCGGGACCUGGACCUCCGGGACCAGGGAUGCUACAGCUGCGAGGCCCAGUGCGACUCAGUCAUCAGAACCAGAACCACCGAGGUCCACGUCUACUCGUUUCCGUCUGAUCCGGUUCUGAUGGAUCCUGGUCCCGUCCCGCUGGGUCAGCAGGCCAUCCUUAACUGUGAUGUCAUCAAUGUCUUUUCCACCAAUCCGCUGAGGAUCCGGUGGCUCUCAGGGAACACGACGCUGACGUCCGAGUCCUACGGGUUCUCGGGUUCUUUACAGAACAUCUCGUCUGUUCUUCAGCACCGGGUGGAGGCGGAGAAGCAGGUCCUGACCUGCAGAGCAGAGCUGCUGACGGAGGACGGAGAUGUGUGGACGUCCAGGAGGACGAGUGUCCAUCUGCAGGUCCACUCUCCGCCCACCAACACCUCCAUCUCCGUGAGUCCAGGUGAGUUCGUGGUGGAGGGUCAGCAGGUUACGGUCAGCUGCCGGUCAGAUGGAGCUCCGCCCCCCACUCUGGUUCUGAGGAGGGAGGGGGCGGAGCUUCACAGGAGCGACACCGCCUCUUCCUCGCUGUACUUCAGCCUCUCGUCCGCCCACCUGGAAGACUCCGCCCACUACCAGUGUGAGGCCUCCAACCAGUACGGAGCCGAGCUGGUGUCCAGCUCCGUCAGGGUCAAAGCUCCUCCGAGGAACACCAGCGUCCUCGUCCUGCCGUCGCCGGUGGUCCAGGAGGGACAAGACAUCACCGUAUGCUGCCGAACCAUCAGCUUCCCCCCAUCGGCCAUCAGCCUGAGGAAAGUGACGGACGGGACCAAGAGACAUUCAGAAACCGGCUGCUUCCUAUUGGUCAACGUCACCGCCAGACACUCUGGGCUGUACCAGGUCAACGUCACCAACGAGCUCGGAUACCAGGUCAAAUUGUUCAGCAUCAGCGUCACAGAGAGGAGCAGCAGCCUUCCUCCUGGUCUCAGCAUCGUCAUCAUCAUAGUCGUCUGCGUCGCUGCUGCCGCAGCCGCAGCCGCGCUGCUGCUAGACGCCCUGAGGAGAUCCAGGAAGAGAGGGUUCUACCAGCUGCCCCAGUCGGCUCCAUCCUCGGCCUGAGGUGUCAAACUGUGACCUCACACACGAACAUGUGACGUCAUUUCCCAGCAGGCUCCUGUGAUCAAGGCUCCAGCAGCUGAAAGACUCUGACGUUCACAAACUGCCGCUUACUUACAUUUUACAACUGAGACUGAGACGGCCACAAGAAUGUUCACGUAUGUUCAUGUGUGUUCAUGUGUGGGUGUUCACAUGUGUGUGUUCACGAGUGUGUUCAUGUGUGUGUUCACGAGUGUGUGUUCUUGUGUGUUCACGAGUGUGUGUGUUUGUGUUUUCAC